AUGGGCCAACACCUGAACAGAAAGCUGCUGCAAAUGGAGAUACCAGUGAUACAGCAUUCCAGCCGGGGUCUUUUGAACACGAUUCACCACGAAAGGAAUCCGAGUCGUCAUAUACGACGGCGUACCAAGGACGAGAAAGCAUGCAAGAACUUUUCGAUGGAUUGUAAUUCACGGUUGAUGGACUAUGAGAUUAUGAUCCUCAGUGGAUUGCAUCGGCGUAGUGUAGUGAUGAGAGACUAUGAGUCAUGUUAG